AUGGAGCUACAAAGACCAUACAGCAGUCCAGAAGCGGAAGUUCGGUCUGACGCGAGCGACCUGGAACCUAUUCAACCUCCAGCGGAAGAGACCAAGCGUCCACAGCGGCAUGCCAAUGUCUACGAUGCCGUCGCAGGCCGAAUUACAUUUGAUAGCAAAUUGGAUGCCGCCAUCAGGGGUGAGAAGCCACCCAAUGCCAGUUCUAAGCCGCCCAAGCUGAGCAGACAUCCCGUCAACGCUUCCGCCCUAGCACCAGAAGAGGUGCUGUUUCGCCGCAAGACUGCGCCUGAGCGUUUUGCUGAGUUUGAUGUAUACAUGGCCCACGAGCGGAACCUGUUGGAUGCCGGUCGGACAUUGUUGCCAGACUCUGAUCUUCUCAAGUCCAUCCACUCCUAUGCGAGCCACUUCUAUUCUGCCCUGGGUGGUCCCAAGCGCAACCCUUCAUACCAAGUCGGUACCCGAAGCAUUGACGAGAGAAGUAUGGACGAAUCGGCUUUGCUAGCCUUUGGCAUUCUUCUUGAGGAAGCUGGCAAAGAUGUACUGGGAAGUAAGGGAGACAUGGUCUUCACUGAGGGCAUUGAAGUACCUGCCGAGGUCAAGCAGAAAUCAGAAUCAAGCAAUGCCGUCGACCCGCCGAGCCGGCUUCUAGCUGACCCCUCGAGCCGACAUCCACCACCUGUUGGCUUCGUCGACCUUGGUUCUUGGAAAAGAGCGCCCAAGCGACGGAAAAUGGCCGAUCUUGAAGACGCCUAG